AUGAGCGAACGCAUCCCGGGUCCCAAGGGCCUGCCAUUGGUCGGUAACCUCUUGGAUAUACAAGAUGAGGUACCUUUACACGCCAUUGAGCGCAUCUCCGAUAUAUAUGGUCCUCUGUACACUCUGAAUUUCCCCGGCGGCGGGCAGAGAUACUUCUGUACAGGAUUCGAGCUCUUCAACGAGCUAUGCGAUGAGACUCGCUUCUACAAGCUCGCCCCGAAAACCUUGCAAGACCUGGGCAAGUCAGGGAGCCAGGGCUUGUUCACGUCUGUAUCAGAGCAUGAUAUAGACUGGCAAGUUGCGCAUCGAAUUCUCUUACCGGCUUUCGGACCGCUUGCCAUUGAGAGCAUGUUCGACGGCAUGUACGAUAUCGCAUGCCAAUUGACCCUGAAAUGGGCACGUCUGGGGUCUGAAGUAGUCAUUGGUGCCACCAGUGACUUCACCAGGCUCACGUUAGAUACGAUUGCCCUCUGCGCCAUGGACUACCGCUUCAAUUCCUUCUACCAAGAAGGCUUGCACCCUUUUGUCGCAGCCAUGACUCGUGUCCUGAGGGCCGGAUCGGAGGCAAGCCAAUUGACAGGAAUCCUUAAGAGCAUGAUGCCCUCACAUGCAGUUGCUCUGCAGAAGGACAGAGACAUACAGAAGCGAAUAGCCAUGGAAAUUGUGCAGAAACGAAAGGACAACCCCGUCGAUACAAAGGACCUGCUCAACGCAAUGAUUUAUAAUAAGGAUCCGAAGACAAAUCAGACGAUGAGUGACGACCUGAUUGCUGCGAACAUGCAGACAUUCCUCAUUGCCGGACACGAAACGACCUCUGGACUUCUCUCAUUUGCCUUUGCCCUUUUACUCAAGAACCCCGCUACCCUGUUCAAAGCGCAGCAGGAAAUUGAUAAAGUCGUUGGCACAAGCAAGAUUACCGUCAAGCAUCUCAGCCAGCUUCCCUACAUCACGGCCGUACUGCGUGAGACACUACGUCUCUAUCCCACGGCCCCAGCCUUCAAUCGCGGGCAGCGUCCUGAGAACAAGGCGAAGGAGCCGAUCCCUACUAUUGGAGGCGGCAGGUUUAAGGUGCCUGAGGAGGGCAUCACCUGUCUCAUGUCUAAAAUCCACCGCGACUUCACUGUUUGGGGUGCGGACGCUAACGACUUCAAUCCUGAUCGAAUGACUGACGGCAAGUUUGAGAAGUUGCCCCGAAACGCAUGGAUGCCUUUUGGUACUGGAUCCCGAUCAUGUAUCGGUCGGUCGUUUGCCUGGCAGGAAGCCAUGCUGGUUCUGAUUAUGAUCCUCCAGAACUUCGACGUUCGACUCAAGGAUCCCCAAUACGAGAUCAAGGUUGAUCAAAAUCUCACCAUCAAGCCCAGAGACUUUGAGAUCCGCGCCGCUCUACGUGCAGGGCUCACUGCUUCGAAUCUUCAGAAUCUUCAGAAUCGUCUCUACUCAAAUGGUCCGUCAAAUGGCGACACCUCCAAUGACACUCAUGGCUCGCAUCAAUCUGAUAGUAACGGAAAAAAAGGGAAGCCUGUUCAGAUCAUGUUUGGUACGACUACGGGCACGACUCAGCACCUGGCAACCAAGCUUGCAGCCACCCUUUCAGGCCACGGAUGGGCUCCCAAGGUUUUGGACAUGGACGAAGCCGUCAAGAAGAUCAACAAAGACGCCUUGCAAAUCUUCAUAAGCAGCUCGUAUGAGGGUAUGCCUCCCGACAAUGCGAACCUAUUUGUAUCUUGGCUGCAGUCCAUCGAAGACUCACAACUGUUCGACGGUGUCGAAUAUUCAGUCUUUGGGUGUGGCCACAGCGAUUGGAAGCAUACGUUUCAGCGCAUUCCUACGAUCAUUGAUGAUGCCAUGGCGGCGGCUGGAGCUAGGCGCGUAGUAGACCGAGGGUCAUCAGACGCAGCCAAAGGUGACAUUACUGGUCAAUUUGAUGACUGGGCAGACAACCAGCUCCUACCGGCUGUUGUAUCGUCUGGCCCUCACUCGUCUGCUUCAAGUGGUCAACAGGUACCCACUGUCGCUCUGACCUCCGCUGUGGCAAUGGAGCUUAAAGAACAGGGUCGUGCGGCUCAUCUUCAGCAAAAGGUCGACUGGGCAGUGAUCAAGGCAGCUGGAUGUCUCACGCCACCAGGAGAGCCUGAGAAGAGACAUCUGGAGAUCAAGUUGCCUGAGGGUGUCUCCUACAGUGUUGGCGAUUACCUUAUGGUUCUCCCUCGCAAUUCCGAGAGCCAGAUUCGCCGCGUCAUCCGAAGGUUCUCUGUCCCUUCUGACUCUGUCAUCACUAUCUCGGACGGAGGCUCGACAACUCUUCCCGUCAACGUGCCACUCCCCGUCUCUGAGCUACUUAUGGGAUAUGUCGAGUUGACGCAGCCUGCGACUAAAAAGGACAUUGCCACACUAUCAUCUCACACCAAGCCUGGACAACAGAAGGAAUAUCUACAGUCGCUCACAGCAACCGAGGACACAUACACUUCCGAAGUGUCUGACAAGCGAAUCAGUUCACUUGACCUAUUGGAGCGAUGUAAUGAUAUCGAAAUCCCGUUCGCGGGCUUCCUUGCGUUACUGCCUCCGCUUAAGACUCGGCUAUACUCCAUCUCAAGCUCACCACUAGCGAGUCCGAACACGUGCAGCAUGACCUACACUGUCAUUAAUGCACCUCAUCUCUCUUCGCGAGCAUCUGACUCGCAGUCCAUUGAGGAUCGCGAGCUGUUCCAUGGCGUGACCGGAACUUAUCUGCGUGACCUCAAGGCAGGUGAUCAGAUCCAGGUCGCGAUCCGGUCCUCCAACAAAUAUUUCCGGCCGCCGGUUGAUAUGACGGCGGUGCCGAUGGUCAUGAUUUGCGCAGGAACUGGCUUAGCUCCAUUCCGGGGCUUCGUUGAGGAACGCGCUGUUAUGAUCAAAGAUGGGCACCGUGACCUGGCUCCCGCUAUCCUGUUCGUUGGCUGUCGAGCUCCAAGCAAUGACCAGCUCUACAAGGACGAGUUCGAUGAAUGGGAGCGCAUUGGAGCUGUCAAAGACCGCGUCUGGCACAACCGCGAGGAGGUAUCUGAAGCAUGGCAAUCUGGUGCAAAGUUCUACGUCUGUGGAAGCAAAGAGAUGGCAAAGAGCCUUGGUGAGGUCGCCCAGAUGAUAGUGGCUGAACGCCAGGCAGGUCAGCAUGAUCUGCAUCUCUAG